AAUCAGCCAAUCGCAGGGAGGGGCGGGCUCUGCACACGGCACGGAGUCCCCUCCCUUUCCCCGAGCUCCGCCAUUUCUCGGAAACCUCGCCUGAGGAGCGGCUCCUGCGCUGGGCCCGGCCUGGGCAUCGGACCGAGGAACCGCUGCUGCCCUGAACCGCCAAGAGCUCGGGGUGAGCGGGAGCUGCGGGCGAUGGGAGCUGGGGGAUUUUUCGUUCCUGAGCUGUGGGCGAAUGGAGGAGGAGGAAAAGCCCUGGAUAUCCCUCAGGAGGAGGGGCUGCAAACCCAGUCCAGGGAGCUGCGAGGAGCAAAGACCAUCCCUGAGCCAGGAAGGUGUCCAGAGAUGCAGGUGGAGCAGCCUCAUGGAGGGGAGAAGUCCCACAAGUGCUUGGAAUGUGGGAAGGGAUUCAGAGACAGCUGCAGCGUGAUCCAGCACCAGAGGAUCCAUACUGGGGAAAAACUCUAUGAGUGUGGGAAAUGUGGGAAGAGCUUCACGACUGUUUCUUAUCUGAUGCACCACCAGGUGUUGCACACAGGGGACCGUCCCUACACCUGCUUGGCAUGUGGGAAGAGCUUUGGGUGGAUGUCUGGCCUGAGAAGACACCAGCACAUCCACACUGGGGAGAGGCCCUUCAAGUGUCCUAAGUGUGGGAAGAGGUUUCAGACCAGCUCCCAUCUCCUCAGACAUGAGCGGAUUCACACAGAGGAGAGGCCCUUCCGCUGCCCUGACUGCAGGAAAGGAUUCAAGCUAAACUCCACCCUGACUGCCCACCAGCGCAUCCACACUGGGGAAAGGCCCUACGAGUGUCCUGAGUGUGGGAAGAGCUUCUCCUGGAGCUCUCACUUGACCCGACACCAACGUAGGCUCCACUAAGGGAAGCCCUGUGAGUGUCCCGAGUGUGGGAAGAGCUUCGUGCUCUGCUUCAGCUCCAUCCCCCAUGGGAGGAUCGGUGUUGGAUGAUCCCCAGUGACCCCCGUUGGGCAGAGCCCUGGUGAUCCAUGGUCCUGGUGAUCCCUGUUGGACAGUCAUCUGCCUGGGGGGGCUCUGCAUCAUCCUGUCUCCCUGUGGGCACUUGGGUGAACGCAGGGGCAGGGACAUCCAUCAGGAUGCAAACCGACAUUGGGAAUUCCUUGGGGAGAGUGGAUUUGUUGACUUUCAACCCCAUAAAGUCUUCUGUGUUCAAUCGUCUCUUCUGGUGGCAUCCAGGAAUACUGAAUCUUCUUGGUGGUCUUUUCCCAUGUGGUGGUUUAUAAAUAUUUCCUGAAAUUUUUUACCUGCUGAGACCUGGGCGAUCUCCCCUGUGUCUGACAAGAAUCAAUCAAUUGGAUUUUUGAUGUUGACACAUUGUUACCCCAAUUUUAUUACCCCAGUUUUGUUACCCCAAGUUUAUGUAUCUUUGUGAAACACACAUGUAAAGAUAAAAACCCCAGGAAGUUCUCUUUCCCUUCAGCCUCUCACAGAGUAACACCAGCCCGGGCCCCCUCCACGCGGCCCAGGCCGGGCAGGGGCAGGUGGGCUCUGUCUCAGAGCUCAGGAAGCUGCUGGGCCCCGUUUUCAACCAGAGACCCCAAUAUCCGGGGAAAGGAAAGGAAAGGCCCGUUGCUAACAUCCCUGCUCCCCCGCUGGUGUGGCCGUGGCUCGGCAGAACCCUGCCCUGCCCCGGCCUGGAACGGCUCCGAAUGGCUGGGGCCACCCCGCUGCCCCCGGGAGCUGGGGGAAAAACAGCUGAGCCCGUUCUGGCAAGGCCCCCACAGCCUUGUCUGCUGGGCAGGGUGGAGGAAGAACCCCCGGCCCGCGGCUGGAAUUGAGUGCAGCGAGUGCUGGAGAGCAGCCAUGAAACCAGAAACUCAUCACCGCUUCUCUGACUAAACCCUACAGUCCUCACCCAGCCCCCAGCGUAGCCUUGAAAGACUCUUUAUUGUAAAUAACUCUGACUGCCCCACCUGGAAAAUAUCACAAACCCUCUGCUGCCCAGGGAAGGUAUUAAUUCUUACAAUGCGCAGAAUAAAACUUUACAGAUACUUUUUUCUCUCUCCUAAAUAAAAACAAAAUAGUAAUACACACAGAAACACUAUAAAAACACUGAAAUCAAACA